AUGUUGGGGAGCGAAGGUGUCCUCACCAUCAAGGGGGACGCCAAGGAGGCCCUGGCGGCACUCAAGCUUGCCCUCAAGGCCGCCGCGACAGCACGACCCGCCGACGCGGAUACCUCCAAGGCCAAGGGAGCCACACCAACCAAGAGGAAGUAUUUCUUCACUCAGGACAAGGCAGAAACCAAGAAAGUGCUGGUCGAGGAGGAAAGGGAACAGGGGAAAGAGCUGAUAGCCGACAUACACGGCGGGUACUGCGAGCACCACUCGUCGUCACGAACCCUCAUCGGCAAGGCAUUCCGAACCAAAAAAAACCCAAACCCCACACAAAAAACGCUUCUCUCGAUCCCAUCUCGAUCUCAUCGAAAGAAGAGCUUCGUUGCCCCUGCCGACGUACGGGAGAGCUUCCUUGCCGCCGCCGACGUACGAUCUGCCGCGAUCUCGUUCGAUCUACCCGCUGCCGAUGUACGAGAUCGCCGACACCGAGAUACGGGAUCGCCGCCAACGUACGAUUUGCCGUCUCUCGCUGCCGCCGUUGUACGAUCUGCCGUCUCUCCCAGAGGAGGCGCCGCCGCGGACGUCCGGGAUCACCGCUGCCUACGUCCGGGAUCACCGCCGCCGACCUGCCAGAGGAGACGCCGCCUCCAAUCUCCUAGAGGAGCCGCCGCCGCCGCCACUCUCCGACGGGAGACGCCGUCGCCGGUCUCUGACGGGAGACGCCGUCGCCGCCGCCGCCGACCUUUGAGGGGAGACGCCGCCGCCACCUGCGCUGAACCCCAGGGCAGGGUGCGACGAUCGUCGCAAGGAGUACUUGCCGGCCGUACACAGAGAGGAUGGAUGAUGCAGUGGCCACAUCAAGCGCCCUGUGCUCGACCACAAUGGAAGUGCAGUUUCUCAGAGCUAGCAGGAAGGAGGCUGGUGGCUUCCCGUUGUAGUAAGAGACAACACACCAGAUCCGUUGAUGAAGAAAACAACACAUUUCACGAUAUGAUGAUUGGUACUUCCAGUUUUGUUGUACUCUCUCAUUUGCCUUUGUGGGAACGACACUGCUCUAUUGCUUGCUUAUUUAAGAUCAUGCAUAUAUGCCGCAUGUCAGCCUCAUGGGGAUCAAGCAGAUGAGGAGAAGGAAGCAGCAAGGAAGAAGGUAGAGGAGAUGGACACCUGAUCUGCAAGUUCCUGAAUUUCAACGUUUAAUUGCGUGUUGCUGUGUUAAUAUUGGGUGCAGCAAUUUCACAACUCUGGGAAGAGCAUCUGCUGGAGGGCGUCACCUGCGGCAUCACCUGCGGCAUCACCUGCAUCGACCUCUCGCUGAUUACCAUCCCAAGGAUGCGCGACCGACUGGCGAAGCAGGGCACCAGUGAUAAGUUCACCGAUUUGGUCGACUCACCGUUCCUUGACUCUGUCCACGCAAUGCCGCUCGUUGUUGUUAGGUUGUUAAUUCAUCAGGCCCCUUAUUGCGCUACAUAGUUUGUUCAUCUCGCAUGCCUUCUUAGGAGAAAUCAUGUACUGAAGAUAAGCUAUUCUUUAUUUACAUUUUAUUUAUUU